GAGUGGGCGGGGCCUCAGGCUUUUGGGCGCUGCCCCCAACUCCGGGUCACCUAGGGGUUUCCCGCCUCCUCACCAGGGCCCUGCACCCUAAGAGCUCCCGCAGAGAUUAAGCCUUCCUCACUACAAUAAAUCUCGAUGGGGGCGGGGUGUGGAGUACCGGGCCAGACCGGGGCCUUUCCGCCACCUCCAGGUCCCCAGUCUAGGCCUCUCCCUGCCAGUCCCUCCCCCCCGCCCUGGGAAGCACCGAAGGUGGCCUUGUUUUCUAUGGGCUCUAAACACUGGGCCCUGCCACCCGCCCUAGGGGCCAGCCAGGUGAGGCAAGAUUCAGGAAGUAAACAAGGAGGCAGGAGACAGGGAGGGCGGGAAGGAGGGUGGGGCCGGAGCCGCCGGAGCAGGAGAGGCGGUUGAGGAAGCCACAGCUUGGAGUUGCAGUGUUGAGGGGCAGAUUGGUUUCGGGGGUCGGUUUCAACAGAAGCUUUCCUAGGACCCCAGUUGGAAAGCUUCAGAUCUCUUGGGACGGGGGCUGACCAGGCCCCACAGCUAGGACCCAGUUCUCCCAUCUCACCUCUGGUCCUGACUGUGCCACUCCUCUCUUGCCUUAGAAGGCUCUGGAGGGCAAGAUGGAGGGAUCUCAAGGCCAAACCGAAGUCUUCAGUGGCCCUUCUGCCCUCUGACCCAAGACUCUAAUCCGAUUUAAAUCUACUUCCCUCUCCCCUCCCUGAUUCUUGCCCCUGCCCCACUGUUGGUCUCUGACUUCAUGGAAGGGGCAGCCCCGCAGCCCCUCCCCCUAGUCCUCCCUGGAAUGCUGGGCUGUUUGCCAGAGGUCAGACAGGAGGUGGGGGUGGGGGCAUUGUGUUUAGGUGUUGCUGUUCUGUUGUUGAUGUCCGAUGGUGGGUGUGUCUUGCCCUUCCCAGCGGGAGUCUGAACACCCUCCCUGGCUCUCUCUCCAGGCCUUUCCCUGCCUGCCUGUCUGUGUCUGUCCUCUUGGGUGUUUUGACUUUCCACCCCUCUGGCCAGGACACCCAAGAAAGUGUGUUAGCAGGACCCUCAUUCUCCAGGGGUGAUGUGCUGGAGUCUCCCAGACCAGCUGAGUCCUGGGUGCUAGGGGUGGGCCGCAGCAGCAGGAUGAAAGCCCGGUAGGGCCGGGUCAGGAGAGGGACCGCUGUGCGUUUCUUUCGGGAGCCAGGGGCACCAAGGAGAGGUUGGCUCCACUCCUCAUGGGCCUCUGAAUCCAGGCCGGGCUUUUCUUCUCUCCUUCCUGGGUGAGGGGGCUCCUGGGCUGGGUGGUGGCUACAGGACUGGGGGCAGACUGCAGGUCCCACCUGGACUGGAGCAGUUGCAAUCGUAGAUGUCAUGGAGCUGGGUCUGUCUCCACCUCAUCCCAGCAGCUUCCCGGAAGACCUGUACCCGGCCCCUGGGACCCCUCCUGGGACCCCCCCACCUCCUGAUCCCCCCCUGCCUGGGGAGGUGAAGAGGUCCCAGCCUCUGCCCAUUCCAACCAGCAGGAAACUUCUUCGAGAGGAGGAGCUGCGGGCAAGCUCUCUACCCUCCAUUCCGAACCCCUUCCCUGAGCUCUGCAGUCCCCCUUCACAGACCCCCAUUCUUGGGGGGUCCUGCAGUGCAAGGGGGCUGCUCCCCCGAGACGCCAGCUGCCCUCAUGUAGUAAAGGUAUACAGCGAAGAUGGGGCCUGCCGGUCGGUGGAGGUGGCGGCAGGUGCAACAGCUCGCUAUGUCUGUGAAAUGCUGGUGCAGCGAGCUCAUGCCCUAAGUGAUGAAAACUGGGGGCUGGUGGAGUGCCACCCACAUCUAGCACUGGAGCGGGGCUUAGAGGACCAUGAAUCAGUGGUGGAAGUGCAGGCUGCCUGGCCCAUUGGCGGAGAUAGCCGCUUCAUCUUCCGGAAAAACUUCGCCAAGUAUGAACUGUUCAAGAGCUCCCCACAUGCCCUGUUCCCAGAAAAGAUGGUGUCCAGCUGUUUUGAUGCACAUACGGGCAUAUCCCACGAAGACCUCAUCCAGAACUUCCUGAAUGCAGGCAGCUUCCCAGAGAUCCAGGGCUUCCUGCAGCUGCGGGGGUCGGGACGCAAGCUUUGGAAACGCUUCUUCUGCUUCCUGCGCCGGUCUGGCCUCUAUUACUCCACCAAGGGCACCUCCAAGGAUCCUAGGCACCUGCAGUACGUAGCAGAUGUGAAUGAGUCCAACGUGUAUGUGGUGACCCAGGGCCGCAAAUUCUAUGGGAUGCCCACGGACUUCGGCUUCUGUAUCAAGCCGAACAAGCUUCGAAAUGGCCAUAAGGGGCUUCGUAUCUUCUGCAGUGAGGAUGAGCAGAGCCGCACCUGCUGGUUAGCUGCCUUCCGCCUCUUCAAGUAUGGCAUGCAGCUGUAUAAGAAUUACCAGCAGGCACAGUCUCGCCACCUGCGUCCAUCCUGUGUGGGUUCCCCACCCUUGAGGAGUGUCUCGGAUAACACCCUGGUGGCCAUGGACUUCUCUGGCCAUGCUGGGCGUGUCAUCGAGAACCCUCGGGAAGCUCUGAGCGCAGCCCUGGAGGAGGCCCAGGCCUGGAGGAAGAAGACGAACCACCGUCUCAGCCUGCCCACCCCAUGCUCAGGCUCGAGCCUCAGUGCAGCCAUCCACCGCACCCAACCCUGGUUCCAUGGACGCAUUUCCCGCGAGGAGAGCCAGCGGCUCAUCGGGCAGCAGGGCCUGGUAGAUGGCCUGUUCCUGGUCCGAGAGAGUCAGCGGAACCCACAGGGCUUUGUCCUCUCUUUGUGCCACCUGCAGAAAGUCAAACAUUAUCUUAUCCUGCCGAGCGAGGAGGAGGGCCGCCUUUACUUCAGCAUGGAUGAUGGCCAGACUCGCUUCACUGACCUGCUGCAGCUUGUGGAGUUCCACCAGCUGAACCGCGGCAUCCUGCCGUGCUUGCUGCGCCACUGCUGUACCCGCGUGGCCCUCUGACUGCCACACAAGCAGGCACAUGUCUUAACCAGCUCCAGGCUGCCCACCACUCCCUCCACUCAUAGAGUGGACUUGGAGGGUGCAGAAGGUGGGGACAGGAUCGUGAAUAAUUGGAGGGCUCCGCCUUGCUCCUAUUCCUCCCUCAGGCAGAAAGUACCCCUCACCCAGUCUACCCUCUACCCCUCUCCUCAAGGGAAGGCACUUGGGGUGGCCCUCUCCCUGUCUUGGAGCUCCUGGGCACUGCUUUGGGACAGGGCAUUAUGGGAGAAAAGGGGGCAACCCAGGUGGUCUUAUGCCCCACACUUUGUACAGACUGAGAGGCCAGUUGAUCUGCUCUGUUUUAUACUAGUGACAAUAAAGACUAUUUUUUGGUA